CAAACACACAAACAUCCAGCGCGCUCGGCAUCCACCGAUCGAUUGCUUCUGUCUUGGCCAUCCGCUGAUAAGAUCAUCGACAGGCGCCUCCCCCCAGGGAUCGAUCGAAGAUGCCGAAGAUAGCGCUGGGCCACCGCCGCGAGGCGUCCGACCCCGGCUGCCUCCGGGCCGUGCUCGGCGAGCUCGUCCUCACCUUCCUCUUCGUCUUCGUCGGCGUGGGCUCCGCCAUCGUCGGAGGACAAGCAGUCGCAGCCGGAGGCGACACGUCGGCGGCGUUGAUCGCGGUGGCGCUGGGCCAUGCGCUGGUGGUGGCGGUGUUCGCAACCGCAGGGUUCCACAUCUCCGGCGCCCACAUGAACCCAGCCGUCACGCUCAGCCUCGCCGUCGGCGGCCACAUCACCCUCAUCCGCGCCGGCUUCUUCGUGCUCGCCCAGAUGCUCGGCUCCUCCCUCGCCUGCAUCCUGCUCAGGGCCCUCACCGGCGGACUGGUCACUCCGGUGCACGCGCUGGCGGCGGGCGUGGGCCCGAUCCAGGGCGUGGUGGCGGAGGUCGUCUUCACCUUCACGCUGCUCUUCACCAUCUACGCCGCCAUCCUCGACCCCAAGAGCUCCGCGCCAGGGUUCGGCCCGCUGCUCACCGGCCUCCUCGUCGGUGCCAACACCAUCGCCGGCGGCGCGCUCACCGGCGCGUCCAUGAACCCCGCGAGGUCCUUCGGGCCGGCGCUGGCCUCCGGAAACUGGGCCAACCACUGGGUCUACUGGGUCGGCCCGCUCGCCGGCGGGCCCCUCGCCGUGGCCGUCUACGAGUUCAUCUUCACCGUCCCGGCGACGCACCAGCAACUUCCAACGGUGGAGUGAAAGGAGCUCGUUCUCCUGGGGAAGCUCUCGCCUCUCGGUAAGUUGUGGGCCGUUGGAUGAUCAACCGCUCCGACAAAAGCUGUUAUCUACGGUAUAUGAUACAUCGAGUGUUCAAGUGUGUUUGCCCCGCGUGUUUGAGGGCUGGCUUGAUUUGUGCGUGAUGGGUCGUGUGAAGAAUAUGCGUGCGUGCACGCAUGUGCGUCUCAAUGUUUCGUUCGGCCAAUGAGCCGUGGAAGUAACAACAUUGUUUCUUUCACCGUAAGUUUGUAAGUGUAUAAGGCCUCCCCGUGCAUGGAAAUAUACGUGGAAUAUACAUACCUGUUAUUACUA